AUGGCCGGCGACCGGCCCCUCCUCGCCAGCCGCAACUCCUCCGAGGCCACGAACGACCGCGACAUCGCCGAAGAAGAUGCCCUACUUACCGGUCGUCCUACAAAGCGCAGCAGCGAUGGAAGGAGACCUUGGGCAUUCUGGCGAGAAGUCGGCCUCUUUGUCUGGGCCGUCGUCGCAACAGCAUUCGUUAUCGUCCUCGCAGUCGUUUACCAGAAAUCGCAAGAUUCGAAGCAAAACUACAAGAGCCCAAGCGGCAAGCGCAACCUGAUUUUCAUGGUGUCGGAUGGUAUGGGCCCGACGAGCCUGAGUCUGACGAGAAGCUACAUGCAAUUUCAGAACGGCGCGCCGUGGAGUGAACAAUUGGUCAUUGAUCAGCACUUGAUCGGGCAGUCGCGCACGCGAUCGAGUUCGUCGCUGAUUACCGACUCGGCGGCUGGUGCGACGGCCUUUUCCUGUGCCAGGAAGAGCUAUAACGGUGCUAUCUCCGUGACUCCAGAUCAUGAGCCGUGCGGUACCGUGCUUGAGGCGGCGAAGAAGGCGGGAUAUAUGACGGGCUUGGUGGUCACCACUAGGAUUACCGACGCCACGCCGGCAUGUUUUGCGGCCCACGUGCAUCAGCGUGGAGAAGAAGACCGUAUUGCAGAACAGAUGGUUGGAGAUUACCCGCUAGGUCGCGUUGUCGACUUGAUGUUUGGCGGUGGACGCUGCCAUUUCUUGCCCAAUUCGGCCGACCACUCAUGCAGAGGGGAUGACAAGGACAUAGUCAAAUUGGCAAAGGAGAAUGGCUUCAGUUACAUCGACAACCGCAAAGCGUUCGACAACCUGAAGGGUGGUAGUGGCCUCGACUUCCCCAUGCUCGGACUCUUCGCAGAGACAGACAUCCCAUACGAGAUCGAUCGUCGAAACGAAACUGAUGUCUACCCCUCACUUCACGAGAUGGCAGAAGUUGCCCUCAAAGCACUUAGCGAGGCGACCAGAGACAGUGACAAGGGCUUCUUUUUAAUGGUUGAAGGAUCCCGCAUCGAUCACGCUGGUCACCACAAUGACCCCGCCGCUCAGGUCCACGAGGUGCUCGCCUAUGACAAGGCAAUGACCAGUGUGCUUGACUUCCUCAAACAUGAUGGCACUGAAGGUGUCAUGGUUUCCACCUCCGAUCACGAGACUGGCGGUCUUGCUACUGCUCGCCAACUUCACGUAACCUACCCCGAAUACGCCUGGUUCCCUGGUGCUCUCGCCAAUGCAACCCACUCCGCCGAGCGCCUCGCCGCCGAAUACAUGGGCUACUUCAAUAAUCACCCCGACGAUCACGCACGCAAGACCUUCGUGUCCAACUCCAUCGAGCAAGGCCUCGGCAUCAAAGACUACAGCGAUGAUGAAGUUUCGAACAUCGCGAACGACCCUGCCUCAGCACUCUACCGCUACGCAGACAUGAUUUCUCGCCGCUCGCAGUCUGGUUGGUCGACUCAUGGCCACUCUGCCGCAGAUGUGAACAUCUACGCUUCUGACCCCAAGGCUGCGUUGCCGCUUGUCGGCAACCACGAGAACACCGAGGUGGGUGAGUUCCUGAGGAGUUAUCUUGGCGUCGAUGUGGAGGCUGUGACGAAGGAGCUCAAGAAGAAGGACAAGGAGCUCAAGAUGCUUGGCGAGGGCGGCGACUGGAUGGGCAAGGUACCUGAGGAGGGCGAGAGGUUAGAUGGGCAGACGCACUUGGCGAGUUACAGCGGGGACUUCAAGAAGCGGGGCGUCGUGCAUGGGGAAGAGUGCGGGUGUGAGCAUUAG